GAAGAGCGCGUGCGCGCGGCUCCACUGCCGAGCGACCGCGGGAAAAUUCCAAAAAAGUCAAACAAAACAAAAAACCAGUACGGGGCAAAGCCAAACUUGCAAGCCACAGAACCCGGGCGGAGGCGUCCUUUCUGCCACUGCCCAAACUGCUGAAGCAGCUCUGGCUGGCGCAGACCACCCGGUUUAUUCCCUGCAUUUGGUGAUGGAUAUCCUCUAGUAUCUUCUUAAAUGGUAUGUGAAAGAUUUGAUGUGUGCCCACUGUUUCCUUCAGUGCUUGGUGGGCUGCUGUGAAGAUACAUUACCUUUUCCCUUUUUCCAAGAUGGCUCAAGAUUCAGUAGGCUUUUCUUCUGAUUACCAAUUUUGGAUGCAGAAACUUUCAUUGUGGGACCAGGCCUCCACUUUGGAAACCCAGAAAGACACCUGCCUUCAUCUGCCUCGAUUUCAGGAAUUCCUGAGGCAGAUGUAUGAAGUCUUGAAAGAGAUGGAUUCAAAUAUGAUCAUUGAAAGAUUUCCCACAAUAGGUCAACUGUUGGCAAAAACUUGUUGGAAUCCUUUUAUUUUAGCAUUUGAUGAAAGCCAAAAAAUUCUACUAUGGUGCUUAUGUUGUCUGAUUAAUAAAGAACCACAGAAUUCUGAAGAACUGAAACUGAACUCCUGGACACGGGGCUUGCUAUCUCAUGUACUGUCAGCCUUCAAAUUUGAUACAAAAGAAGUUGGUCUUUUUAUUCAAGGUCUUGGAUAUGCACCUGCAGAUUACUAUCCUGGUUUGCUUAAAAAUAUGGUUUUAUCGUUAGUGUCUGAACUCCGAGAGAAUCAUCUUAAUGGAUUUAACACUCAAAGGCGAAUGGCUCCUGAAAAGAUAAGGUUCCUGUCGCGAGUUUGUGUACCACUUAUAACUCUGCCAGAUAUCCAACCACUGGUGGAGGCUCUGCUCACCUACCAUGGACAUGAACCUCAGGAAGUGCUCUGGCCUGAAUUCUUUGAUGCUGUGAAUGAGGCCUUCUUGCUGAAGAAGAUUUCUCUCCCCACAUCAGCUGUCAUCUGCCUCUGGCUUCGGCACCUUCCCAGCCUUGAAAAAGCAACACUGCAUCUUUUUGAAAAGCUAAUCUCCAGUGAGAGAAAUUUCCUGAGAAGGAUCGAAUGCUUUUUGAAAGAUUCAUUGCUGCCUGAAGCAGCCUGCUACCCUGCCAUAUUCAGAAUUGUUGAUGAAAUGUUCAGGUAUGCACUCCUGGAAACCGAUGGAGCCCCAGAAGUACUAGCCGCUAUUCAAGUGUUUACAUGGUGCUUUGUGGAAGCUCUGGAAAAACAAAACAAGCAGCUGAAGUUUACACUCAAGACCUACUUUCCUUAUGCUUCUCCAUCUCUUGUUAUGGUGCUGCUUCAACACCCAAAAGAUAUCCCACAAAAACUGUGGCACCAGCCACUGAAACAUAUUUCUGAAAUGCUCAGAGAAAUAGUUGAAGACCAGACUCAUGGGUCCUACGGAGGCCCCUUUGAGUGCUGGUUUUUGUUCAGUCACUUUGGAGGAUGGGCUGACAUCGCGGCUGAGCAGUUAGUGAUGUCAGAAGCUGAACCCCCGGAAGCCCUGCUGUGGCUCUUGGCCUUCAGCCACAGUCCACGUGACAGGAGUCAGCAGCGAGCACAGACCAUGGUAGAGGUAAAGGCAGUGCUCAGCCACCUCAAGAAGCUGCUCAGAAGUCCAGCUCUCUCAGCCAGGGAUCUACAGGCAGCAGCUGCAGAGAGCCAAGACAGAGACCCCAGACCACCUUCAUGUCAACAGCUGAUCAGGCACCUCCUCCUGAACUUCCUGCUCUGGGCUCCUGGAGGCCAUGCGAUUGCUCGAGAAGUCAUCACCCUUAUGGCUCCAACCGAUGAGCUAAGCAACGAGAUUGCUGGCUUUCUUGACCAGACCUUGUACAGAUGGGAUCGCCUCUGCCUGGAAGCACCUAGGUCAAGAACACUGGCCCGAGAGCUCCUGGCUGAGCUGCACGCUCACAUCCAGCAUCGGCCGGCUGCACAUGGAGCUGCCGUGCAUGCAACAGGCUCCCCGAGAUCUCAUGACGAAACAAUGAGACUGAUGCAUCGUGGAAUGAGUAGUGAGGAUGAGCCAUAGACAUCUUGGUGAGAGCUGCUAGAACAUAUUUUAUGAAGUCAGAAGACAAAUUCCUUAGCCCAAACUCAGUCUGGCUAGAUUGUGCCUUGAGCAUUCCCUACCUGCUCAGCCCAGCUGUCAGAGAAUCACUGAAGACAAGCCUUGAAUAGGAGAACACUUUCAUUUCCCUUUUUCCUCAUAUCAAAUGAAGAUACACAACUAUUACUUGAGUGGUUCAAAGUCUUUGGACCGAGAAAUUGGUCAUGAACCACUGAUCAGCUUAGAAGUAACUUAGUCCUUUUCCACAGAUCUCUUUUUUUCAGAAAUCAGGCUACUGUUAUUGGUGUUUCUUCUAAUCCACAGGGCUUUGAGAUAAAGCCGCACUCUUGCUUCCCUAAGAAAUUCUUCACUAAGGAGUCUCUCGGGCACCUCCGAGGGGAAGCAGAGGCCAUCAGGCCCAGUAGCAAGUGGUAGUGACUGGGGCCACUGCUGUGGUGGGCAGUCAAGCCAGCGCGGCUGUGGAGAACAGCACUGCUUAGCAAUGAAGUAAAGCCGGUUCCAAUGCUAACUCUUUUUGCUUUGUUUGCUAAACACUCCCACCAAGGGAGCUCACAUUGCCUCAGAGAGGACUGAUGUGAGAAUAUAGGAUAUGUUCUGGAAGAAGACAUUAUAUUUCAGUUGUCUAAUUAACUGAGGUGGGAAUUAGAAAUUCCUAAUAAAGAAUAGGUAACCCCAGGGGCGCCUGGGUGGCUCAGUUGGUUGAGCAUCCGACUUCAGCUCGGGUCAUGAUUCACGGUUUGUGGGUUCGAGCCCCACGUUGGGCUCUGUGCUGACAGCUUGG